CUCUCGGUGUCAUCAACACUGUGUGCCUCUUCUCAGUUCUGGAGAAUUAUACAAAUGAUGUGUGUAUGAUGUCUGUCCUGCUCCCAUGCUAGUUCAUUAAUAGCUUCAUCAUAAUUUUGUCACCUCUCUUCUAAAUUGCUAAUUUUUUCAGGUCUGUUUCUAUGAGACUAUUGAGUUAACCUCAAAAGUUGGUGCUUGCCUACCUGUACCUUGUACCUCACUGGUGCUGUGGAUGCUUAGUCUCUUAAUUUCAAAGGUCCUCCAAAUUCUCCUAAGUAGUCUAAAUCCUGGUUUUCAAAGUCAGUGCUUCUUUGUAGGCUUCCUCCUGGUUUUCUCCCUCACCCUGACAACUCUGCCUGUACAGACAGGAGUAGAUGCGCUCAUGGGCUCAAUAGUGGUUCCUGCAACUCCGUCUUUUAUUCAGCAGCUUUUCUGAUGUCUUGCCAGAAGAGCUGCGUCUGGAGUAUUACAACUGCAGAGCAAAGAAUAUCAUUGGGAAUUACAUAAAUGCUGUACAAUGGAAAAAUCAUCUGCUUCAGUUGAAAGCUUCAAAUGCACCUACAAAAACAAUUUCCUUUCUGCUUUCAAGAACACAGGCACCCAACCAUCGCCUGCCUUUGGACUGGGAGGACAGCAAACAUCAAGCUUUGGGCUCUCAAGCUUUCCUGUGAGCAGCAGCAGUACCGGUGCCAGCAGUUUCUCCUUUAAAGCCAGUUCCAGCCUCAUCAGUUCCUCAUCAUCUGGAACCAGCCCUGCUGCUGGGGUCUCUUCUGCUGCUGGUAGUGCUCCUGCGUUUGGGGUGACGUCCUCUCCCAGCACACCCCAACCUGCUGGGUUUGGCAGCCCAGCAGCUCCAUCUGCAGCCUCCUUCUCCUUUAAAACAGCUGCAACAGCUGGUGGCUUUGGGACUUCUGGGUUUUCGGGCUUUGGCAAUGCUGCUGCUGUGAACUCUUCCAGCACCACCACUGCACUCCCAGCCUUUGGAGCCUUUAAUGCAGCCACAACCACUUCUGCCUCACCUUCAAGUGGUGCUUUGUUUGGACAGACUGCCAGUGCCUCUGGACAUCACGUCACCUCAGCGUCUGCUGCAGUCACCAACACCACCACCUCAGAGAAGUUAUUUACACCCAAGAGCGAAUUAUCAGCUGAAGAGUGGCAACAGUUUGAAGCAAAGGAGUUCACCAUUGGAAAGAUUCCUCUUAAGCCACCCCCAUUAGAACUUUUAAAUGCUUAUGACCUUUUAAGUUUAUUCAGAAGUAACAUGUUUUGAAAUCAAAUCAAAGGCUUCCAUUUUGUCACUUUUUGUUUCCUCUCUCAAGUCUCUUCUGCAGGAAUAAACCCACAGUUAUAAACAUUGGAACACUGUAUUUUUGUCAUUUCUUGGUUAUUUUGGAUAGAUGUUUUACAUCUAAGAAAUUAACUGUUGAAACUAAAAUGAAAUGUUCCCUUCUAUAUGCUGUCCUGUGAAAUUCUGGUGAAACACUAUAUAAAAGGGCUGUGUCAAAAGAAAGAAUGUUUCAGUCGUGUAUUCACAGCCUACUGCUAGAAGGAAACAGAUGCAGUGCAAGAUUGGUUGUUGUUGGACAGCCUUGUCUUUUGCCUCUUCAAAGGGUCCGUGCAGCCUUGGACAGUUGUGUUUGGAGAUAGAUGGAGGGCUCCUGUGUGGUCUGUACCAUGCCAGAUGCUUCUGUCCCCCAGGAGUCAUUUCCCUGUGCCAGUUGAUGCAAUUCAGCUGUUGUGAGUAGUUGUGCCUGAGGUCACCAUGCCUGUAUGAUUGUCACACAGCUGGGGGAGGACAGGCCUGAAAGCAUUCAUCCUGAAGAAGGAGCUCGUGGGUUGCUAUUUUGACACCUCUGAGAUGAAACUUUGCAAGCAGUUGCAAAACUGCCUUUCUGUGAACCUACGGAAUUUUGUUGUCAGGUUCUCAAAACUUGAUGGGUGCGCAUAUUAGCAGUACCUUUUCUGAAGUCAUGAUAUUAAGGUAUCCGUUUUGUUACUAAGAUACUCUAAAAGCAGGAGUCAGGAAUCUUCCAGAGGAUGUCCUAGACUCAGGGAUAGUAAGAUCUGGUGUUUUCACAAGUGGGCUUCUGAGCAUCUGUAAAGAUGGCAGAGAGCAGUGUGAUAUGACCUACCUGGCAAGAGACAAGCUAUAUAUUUGGCUGCAGAAGUAGAGAUAAGGAUAGGAUAGAAAAGAAGGUAAUAGUAUUGCUCUAGGGGGCUCACCAAACUGCAGAAAAUAGGCAACAAUUUGUUAGACCGAAGAAAUCUGCCCCAAUAUUUGCACUGUGGGUUUUUUUCCUGUUCAUCCUGUUCUGCUUUUGGUAUACUUGAUUUCAAAGUAGGUUGCAAGUACAAAGGAGGCUAAAUAAUAUCUUCCUUUUAGCUACAAUCCUUUCAUUUUUCUUAACUUCUCCUUUUUGCAACUGUUUUGUUGUUUGGUAUAUAGCUGCUCUCCAGAAAGUCAUAAUAUUGUGGUCUGGCAUAUAAAAACACAUAUAGGGUGGCAGCAAACUCACAGAUGUCACUCACUGCACCUUGAUUUAGAACAGGAAACAUGAGGUGACUAUCCAAGCAAAGAUAUGUAACAUGUCCUGAUUAGCAGAAAAUCUUGGUCCGUGAAAUAGGCUAGAACAUUUAAGCUCCACGUGAUAUUUUCAAGUACUUCCCUUGCUUUGAAAUAACAGGAUUUAUGAGUCACUGAAAUUCCUGGAGUGUGGUACAAACAACUAAUUUGAAGAAUGAUUUGAAGUUUUUGUUUUCAAGAGAUCAUGGAUUAAUCCCCAGACAGUAGCACUUGAGACUACCUGUAUACAGGAGAAAAACCCUCCACUGCCCCAGCUGAGGAAGCAACCCAGUAUCUAACACAUGCUCUGCCCCUUUUCCUCCCAGUGAUACUAGCAGCACUAUCAUCUCAAAAUGUGAUUUAGCAGCUGAGAAGGAAAAAAAAAAGUGAACCUCAGAGAGCAUUAGAAUUAUAUCUUAAGAGUUAAGCAUCACUGUAGCCAUGUGCUCUGUAGUUUCACAAUGUGCAGUGGCAAGUGGCGUGGUAGCUUUACACUGAAUGAAGGAAGAUGGACUGCAAAUAACCAACUGACUAGAUUUAAGCCUCAGAGGAUAAGCUAAGGGGAUCAGCAACAAUAAAUUAACCAGAAGGCUGAGGAAAGAAGAGCUUUCACAAAUGUGCCUGGGAGGGAAAGGAAUAUGAAAACCCUAUUAAUACAGGAGCACUGAAGGGAGAUUGAUAACUCUGAAAUGGUGGAAAUCUGUUUAAAACAUAUUUGAAAUGAGGGACAGUUGAAAAUCAAUGAGGAUGUAAUGCGGUAACUGAUAAAAGCAAGUAAGAAAAUAUUUGUGAAAUGUGAGCUUACUGCAGCACAGAGGAAGUCCAGGCAAUUUGCUGUACUGGUCAGUAAGGGAAUCAGCUAAUGGACUUGCUACAGUUCUGGUAAGUGAUAUCACUUACUCAGGUAAGUGACAGAACACGAGGGAUGUGAUAGUAGACUGAGGAAAUAACAUAUAUUAGUGAGCAGAAGUACUUUGUUGACAGUUACAAAUAAUUUGAGGAGAUUAUAAAGACAGAUCAUCUGGCUUUUAGUAAGGCAUUUGAUACUGGCAUUUAGGAGGUGUCAGAUGUUUAUGUGACAGUGAUUAGGGUUAGCAAUUAAUCAGAAACAUCUACAAGUGAGUGAACACUUUUUGUUUCUAGUCCACCUCCCGUGUCCUAAUGUAGAGAAUAGAGAGAAACUGGGCAAUAGUGGAGGAAGAAAGCCACAGGUUGUACUUGGACAAUUUAAGUAGAUAUCUAAUUAUAUUUGACCUAAUAGAAGCCAGCAACUGAAGGAAAAAUCUGGACUACAAGUAUUUAGAGAGACAGAGCAAACUGUAGAGUUGAAAGGUGCUGAGAGUAAGUGAUAUAUGAAGCCCUGGUGGUUCAGAUCAGUGAAAUGUAUUUUGAGCUGUAGGAAUAUCCAACAGCUGCAGUAAUGCGCUUAGUUCUGAGCACGCAAUUGCCAGAGACUUGCAAGAUGACUAGAAGGAGAUUCAGAAAGCAAGCAAAGCCAUUGCAAAUGAGAAUUUAGGAGAGAAUUUAAGAGCUGAAUAAGCUCUGCUUGGUGAAAGCAGAGACUGUGAUAUGGAACGACUGUCUUAUUGAAAGGGUACCCUCUCAGGAAGGAGGAAAAAGGACUUUUUAAGGCAUUCUAGUAACCAGGAUAUUGCGCUACUUCACAGAAAUCUUAGACAGGAAGUUUUCCACCUGGGAAAGUCCUUUUCUACCUCUGUUAAGAACUAGCCAAGCCAAAA